AAAAAAAUAGGUAGCCUUCGUUUUGGUUAACGUUGGGAAACACCGAGAGAAACCUCAAUUGUGUCAGAAAUGGCUACAGUGGCAAGCACCUCACUGUUCACCCCUCUUGUUCCCCUUCUCCCCAGCACCAAAUUCUCUCCAACAACACUGCACCUCGCCAACACAACCACCAAAGACUCCAACUUUGCCAUCACCUGUUCUUCUUCUUCUUCCAACGGCAUUUUCCACACUGAGCAAGAAUUGCUUGAAGCCAUUGCCGACUAUGACGGCAACGACCUCCCCUGCCUCAGGACCUAUGAGAAUGACCUCGCCCAGCUCACCCUCCUUGGAACCGUCGAUUUCAGCCAGGCCUUAACUGCGGCCGCCGCUGACGGCGGCGAAGUCGCCGACGAGCAUGUCAACGCCGACAUGGAUGCCAUGGUCGUCGAAACCAUGAAUCCUGGUCCUUCCGGCGAGAGAAGCACUGUCUCUACCCGAUUGUUCUUACCUGCUAAGAAAGUUAAAGAAAAGGCGGCUAAGCUCAAGAAGACUAUCUCGAGAGAUAUUUUUUCUAGCAAUGCAUCCAGAGAUAUACUUGCUAUGACCUUUAGGCAAGUGGUUCUGCAGCAGCUUUGGAACUUUGAGCUGAUUGUCUUUGAACCAGGAGAAGAACGGAACAUGGGGGAUCUUGAAGCCCCGAGAGAGGUUUCUGCAUCUUUUGCCCUUGGCUCAUCUGAUGAAUCUCUUAUCUCCAAGCUUGCAGAAGCUGUUUGCAUUGCUGCUCUUCAAAACACUCAACAAGAAUUUCUAAAUAAUCUAAAUGGUGGUAAUAAAAGCAGUUUCUUUCGCUGGUUUAAGAAGUCUAAAAGGAUACAAUCAAAUGAUUCUUCGGUCUUCUUGUACAAAUUAUUUGAAGAUGAGAUAGUUGAAAAUGCCAGGAGUCUAUUGGAUAAAUAUAAUUUAAUGAAGGAUAGUGAUAAGCCUUUGAAAACAAAAUCAAUGCAUCGCUGGUGGAAGCCAUCGUUUUACGAGAAAUUAGAAAAAAUUGGCGGUUCUCAUUUCGGUGCUUGGGCAAGCGAGUAUGUACCUACAUAUCGGUUAGAGAUUGAUGCCAAUAUAAUGGGAGAUGCAAAAAUUCAUGGCUGGAAGAAGUCUGCAGAUAAUAGGUGGGAAGCUCUUUUGACCCACUCUCAAAUGGUUCGAUUGGCAGAAGUGCUAGAUAUGUAUUAUGUGGAUCCUUAUUCACUAGUUGAUAAGCAAUUAUCCUGUAGUGUGGCAGCCAAUGUUGCCAGUGUGUCUAAUAAGAAGGGGGGCUUGUCUUUAUCAAAACUGUUGUCAGUCUCCCUUGCAAGUGGUAUAUUUCUUUUUGCAGUCACUGCUCUGGGUCAAUUAUGUUUGCCUCAUUUGUUCAAGGAAAAGAAACACCUUGUAGAUCAUAGAUCUCUGCCAUCAUCUGAAAUCAAUGUUGUAAUGCAUGGCAGUUCGGAUGCAACAAAGUUGGAAGAUUUUUGCACAUUAGCUGUUGAAAAGGUAAAGGAUGCUCUUGGGUGGUCCGGUGACAUUAGGAAGGAAGAUGGUAUUGGCGUCUAUAUUGGAAAAUUGCCGCCCUACUUGAGAAGAGGUGAAGGCGAUGCUACUCUCAAUACCACUCUAGAUAACUUAGAUGCAGAUGUAGUAGAGUCCAUGGAGGACAUUGAUAGUUACCAGGUGGUUUUCUCUAGCGACGGAAGCGUAAUUGGUUUUCAACCUUUAAGUCGGGUGGCCGUCUUUCGAUGGGCUGCUAAUCCUCUAACGAGGGAGCUAUACGGAGGGAAAAAGCUUUCACCGAGUAAGUUCUAGUUGCUUUUUAGAACACAAUUAGAAGGC